UGUCAUUUCAAAAUUUGUUUAUUUGUGCUUGAAGUAAAACUAAAAGUGACUUAUUAGUAAUUGAGUAUUUAAAUCUGUUUUUACAAGGUUGUUGCAAUAACUUGCAACAUAAUUGUUAUGUAAAAUAAUUAUAUCUUAAUGUAUGGGAAGUAAUGGCCAAUGAUGGAGUGGAAAACAAUGUUGAAAUCAUUAUUAUUGGUAAUCUCUCUAUUGAUUGCAUUAGUUUUGUGCCAGGGCUACCCAAACUGGGAGAGUCAGUACGAAGCUAUAAGUUCCGAGCUGAUUUUGGUGGAAAGGCAGGGAGUCAGUGCAUUGUUGCAGCUAAACUCGGCGGCUGUUGUGGUUUUGUUGGGAAUUUAGGUACUGGCAUUUGGGGAGACAAGUAUUUUAAGUCCCUGGAAGCUUUAAAUGUUGAUGCAACAUUUUUGAGAAUAAACAACAAACGGCCCACUGGAAUGACGCAGACCCUUAUCUCUGACGAUGAGGACCGUGUAGCUUUACAUGUGAAUGGUGCUAAUGAUUUGCUUCAUAUAAAUACCAUUGAAGACGCCUUUGCAAAAUUUAAUGAUGCCAAAAUCCUGCUUUGUCCACUUGACAUGCCAAAAAAAAUGAUGCUAGACACCUUAACCUCAUUCAAAGCAAUAUCCAUAGUGAGUUCAGCUUCCGGAUUACAUACCGAAUCUUCAGAUAUUAUUAAAUUAGCGUCAAUAUUUAUUUGCAAUGCAGACCAAGCUGGUCGUCUAAUUGCAAAAUUUGAUAUUUUUACAUUGAACGAUUGCAAGGUAGCCAUUAGUAAACUUUUUGAAAUGGGCGCCAAAAUCGCUAUAAUAACAAUGGGUGUACUUGGUUCCGUAUAUGCCAAAAAUGAAACUCCGCUGGAGUAUGUUGAGGUGCCUAUACGCAGAGGAGUUAUGUGUAGAACAUCUUACGGUGCAUUUGAUGGGUUUGUUGGUGCAUUGGCUUUUUUUAUGGUUCGUUAUCCAGAUCAUGAAAUGCACCAACAUGUUGGAGCUGCAAAUGAUGUCGCAUCUUAUACAAUCAAAUGUGCCCUUAACGAAGGAAAGUUCUACAGAGCAAAGGAAAUUGAUCUUAAUAAAACCAUUUAUCCAUAUCAAAAAUAUCCUCACUAAAGAGGUUUGUUUAAUUCAAAAACUAACCUUUGUGUUUUGAAGAAAUACUUCAUUUCAAAUAUAUUUAAAAAUUAAAAAAAUGUUAAAAAAUUUGGACUAAAAGAGGAAAAAAACAAUGCGAAACUAUUAAGCCUUCAGAUCAUUUAAUUU